CUCGAGCCCAAGCGACAAUGGCGGCGGUGACUGGCAGUGUGGUAAGCGUUCAGAGUGUGGCGCAGUUCGACGAGGCAACGGCGCGCGAGUCGACGCUAUCCGUGAGUUUCUUCUGGGCCGAAUUUCACGAGGCCUGCCGUCCCAAUGGACAGCUGGACGUGGUGGUGCGCCAGCUCGCGACUCUGCACCCUCGCAUCCGCUUCCUCAAGGUGGCGGCCGAGGAGAUUCCGGAGCUCUCGGAGCGUUUUCAGAUCGCCGUAGUGCCCACUUUCGUCGUCGCACAGGGUCGCGCCGUGCUGGACAAACUCGAGGGCGCCAAUGUGGCCGAACUGGCCAAGCGCGUGGAUGUUCUGAGCAAGAGCGUGGCCAAGAGCAGCUCCACAUCCGCGUCCACAGCCGAGGACGCCCCGAAACCGCUGGAUGACGCGCUCGAAUACCGUCUCAAGAAGCUCAUCAGCGCGUCACCCGUCAUGCUCUUCAUGAAGGGCAAUCCGACGGAGCCCAAGUGCGGCUUUAGUCGACAGAUGGUGGCGCUGUUGAACGAAGAAAAGAUCCAAUUCGGCACCUUUGACAUCCUCAAUGACGACGAAGUGCGUCAAGGACUCAAGCAGUUUUCCAACUGGCCCACUUACCCUCAGCUCUAUGUGAAUGGCUCGCUCAUUGGCGGACUGGACAUCGUCAAGGAGAUGAAGUCCGAGGGAUCCAUCGUCGAGCAACUAGGACUCACGAAGAACGUCGAGGAGGCUGAAGCUGCCUUCCAAGAGAGUCUCCGUGCACUCGUCAACUCCGCUCCAGUGCUGCUCUUCAUGAAAGGCCAUCCGUCCGAGCCCAAAUGCGGCUUUAGCAAGAAGACAGUCAAGCUCCUACGUGACCACCAGAUUGGCUUCAGUUCGUUCGACAUCUUGAGUGACGAGCAGGUGCGUCAAGGUCUUAAGAAGUUCUCCAACUGGCCUACGUACCCGCAGCUGUACGUCAAGGGCAAACUCGUUGGUGGGCUGGAUAUCCUGAACGAGAUGGCGGAGGACGGCGACCUCAGUGAACAGCUUGGCGUGGAGAAGAAGGCCAAGAAGGAGAACAAAUACGAACAGCUAAUCAACCGCGCUCGCGUCAUGAUCUUCAUCAAGGGAACGCCCCAGCAGCCGCAGUGUGGCUUCAGUCGCAAGCUCGUGGACAUCCUGGACGCCGAGGGCUUCAAGUACGACUACUUUGACAUCCUCACGGACGACAGCGUGCGUCAGGGACUGAAGGAGCACUCGAACUGGCCCACGUUCCCGCAGCUUUACGUCAAUGGCGAGUUGAUCGGCGGACUGGACAUCGUGCAGCAGCUGCAGGAGGACGGAGAACUCGCCGAGCUCAAGGAGUAGACGACCAGGUCAUCCUUCGCGUAAAACGAAUACAGAAAAUCAUUUCUCUUAUCCUGCAUGUGUAUGCUGGGUUUGAUGGUUUAA